AUGUCUGACAGUGAUAAACUGACGAGUGCGUGGUUAAAUAAAUAUGAUGGCCAAGAUCUGAUGGUGUCCGCUACUUCUAUAGAACAUUUGUCCAAAGAGUGUGGAGUAGCAUGCAAACAUAACGAAACGACUGGAAUCAGUCAGAGUGAUUGUAUUGCCUAUAUCGACCAAACAUCUAUUCACGUAGCAGAGUAUCACCCGUCUGAGACCAAGUGUGUUUUGGGAUCAUGUACCGGAAUUGACUACAAGGUUCCUAUAAAUGGUAUACUUGGGAUUUACGCCAAUUUAGACGUUCGGUCUUUCAGAUACAGCUGUGUUACAGUUAUGCCAAACAAUCAGUCAUCUGGCGGUAAUUCUAGCAUUCGUACCCCUAGCCAUACAAGUUUUGCAGGUUGCGGUGAUCCAGAAACACCAGUAAAUGGCACUGUUACGUUCACAGAUACAACUACUAACUCGGUAGCGAGUUUUAAUUGUAAUGAUGGCUUUGUUGAAGCAACGGGUUCAAAUACACAGACGUGUCUGUCUGAUGGUUCCUGGUCUUCGCCCCAACCGUUAUGUGAAGCGUCUGGAUCAUUAACUUCAACGUCAACGUCGUCUUCAGAUUCAGCAACGUCACUUACAACCACUACUGCUACAACAUCAAAUAUAGAGAACACAAUUACAGAACCGAAUUCCCCUGUAAAUAUAUUUAUCAUGCCGUGUAUAUGCUACAAAAACAAAACUUUUACCGGAAAGACGCAAGAGGAAAUUAUUUCCAUGCUGAUACAAGAAACAAAAAUAAACCCUAAAAAUACAGCUUCUGCAAAAAACAAACUUAUAAGCAGAGAUGAUCUCAGACCCUCUUCAAAGGCCGUUGGAUUUGCUGGACUGGGAUUAAUUGUAGUUGUUUUUGGAAUUUUGGUUCUUUCUGACGCUAUCGUAGCUGUGCUUAAACUAAAGGAAAUGAUAGUUAACGGUACCGAAUGA